GUCACCUCCGGGUUACCUAGGCGCCUCGCGUUUCUCUCGGACUCAUCCCCUCCCCAUUCCUGGCAGCAGCAGAAAAAUGCCUUUGAGGCCUUCUCCGCCAUCUCCUCCAGGUGCUGAAAGGAAAAGAGUCACCAUGCGGCCAGCUCAGGCUGGGGUGUCCUUUGAAGAGGUGGCCGUGUAUUUCACCCAGGGGGAGUGGACCCUGCUGCGCCCAGCCCAGAGAGUUUUCUACAAGAAAGUCAUGCUGGAGACCUUUGGGAACGUGGCCUCUCUGGGACCUGGGAUGGCCAAACCUGACCUCAUAUCCUGGCUGGAGAAAGAAGAAGAGCUUUUUGUCUGCGGCUGCGAUGAAGAGGAAGCGUUGGCAGGAGGUGUUUGGGAGUCAGUGAAUGAAACAAAAGCACAUGUAGAGAUGACGAAAGAAAAAAUAUAUUCUGAAGAGAAUAAUGAAUAUUGCGAUAUACUGAGGAAGGAAGAAGGGAAACCCACACUUAAAGGGAUAAAUAGUUCCAGUCUUUUACCAUGUAACUCUUCUGAAGAAAUUCUGCGACUUCAAAACCUAUGCAGAGGAGAAAAUAGGAAUGAAGGAAAUGUAAGUGGGGAAAGAUUUCCUGAAAUAUCAGACAUUCAGAUGCAUGUGAAUACCCAUAAGGAAGAAAAAGCGUAUAAAUAUCUGGAGUGUAGGAAAGGGGUUGUACAGAAAAAUACCCUGAUUUCCCAUCAAAGAACUCGCACAGAGGUGAAACCAUAUAAAUGCCUGGAGUGCAAAAAGAGCUUCAGUAAGAGUGGGCAGCUUAGUAUCCAUCGAAGAAUUCACACAGGGAAGAGGCCAUAUAACUUCCUGGAGUGUGGGGAAAGCUUUAGUCAGAGUGGAAGCCUUAAAAUACAUCAAAGAAUUCACACAGGAGAGAAAAAAUAUAAAUGCCUGGAGUGUGGAAAAACCUUCAGGCACAGUGGAAGCCUUAAAUUGCAUCAAAGAAUUCACACGGGGGAGAAACCAUAUAACUGCUUGGAGUGUGGGAAAAGCUUUGGGCGGAAAGAGUCCUUUACUUACCAUCAAAGAAUCCACACAGGGGAGAAACCAUAUAACUGCAUGGAGUGUGGGAAAAGCUUCAUUGACAGAAAAAGCCUCAAGUCCCAUCAAAGAAUUCACACCGGGGAGAAGAAAUAUACAUGCCUGGCAUGUGGGAAAAGCUUUAGUCAGAGUGGAAGCCUUAAAUUGCAUCAAAGAAUUCACACAGGAGAGAAAAUCUAUAAAUGCCUGGAGUGUGGAAAAAGCUUUGGGCGGAAAGAUGCCUUUACUUACCAUCAAAGAAUUCACACAGGGGAGAAACCAUAUAACUGCAUGGAGUGCGGGAAAAGCUUCAUUGACAGACCAAGCCUCAAGUCUCAUGAAAAGAUUCACACAGGAGAGAAAAAAUAUAAAUGCCUGGCAUGUGGGAAGAGCUUUAGUCAGAGUGGAAGCCUUACUUUGCACGAAAGAAUUCACACUGGGGAGAAACCAUAUAAAUGCCUGGAGUGUGGAAAAGGCUUCAAUCAGAGUUCCCAUCUUAGUUCCCAUCAGAAAAUUCACACUGGGGAGAAACCAUAUAAAUGUCUGGAGUGUGGAAAGACCUUCCAUCAGAGUUCACAUCUUCGUUCCCAUCAGAAAAUUCACACAGGGGAGAAACCAUAUAACUGCUUGGAGUGUGGAAAAAGCUUUGGGCGGAAAGAGUCCUUUACUUACCAUCAAAGAAUCCACACAGGGGAGAAACCAUAUAACUGCAUGGAGUGUGGGAAAAGCUUCAUUGACAGAAAAAGCCUCAAGUCCCAUCAAAGAAUUCACACCGGGGAG